AUGCAAGAGGUGAAUCAACAGAUAGAAACUUUGCUACAACAGGAGAUUAGACAGUAUAUACUACGCCCUGCUACCAGGUGGCAUGAAUUUGGAGAACAUAACAAAUACUUUUUUGGUGUUAUCAAAGGGCGACAGUCUCAACAGACAGUACAGACUUUACGUAGUUCUACUGCAGAGGAACUCUUCACAGAUACAAAUGACAUUCUUCGAGAAGCUAGGUCCUUCUAUAGCUCUUUCUAUUCUCCCGAAGAUAUAGAUCAGGGCGCUCUAAAUACUCUUUUGUCUGCUAUCCCCUCCAUUGUCCGCCUCACUGAAGUGGACUCCUCCAUGUUGACUGAAACACCCGUUGUGGAUGACCUAUUGGAGCUACUUAAGUAUAGUCCUAUUGGUAAAAGCCCUAGGCAGGGUGGCAUUCCUUUUGAGGUCUAUAAGUACCUAUUUUCUAAAUUUCCAAGACUCGCAAAGCUGUUUGCAUGUGUCUUGUCAAAUGCUUUUGCUGGUAUAUUUCCUGAAACAUGGCAACAUACAAGAAUGGUACUUUUGUUCAAAAAGAGUGAACCUACCCUUUUGUCUAACUGGCGUCCUUUAUUGUUGAUUAAUGCUAAUUGA